AUGCAAACCGACCUAAGUGGAGGACCUGGACUCGCUGUAGUAGCGGGAGAUGUGCUUGCUCUGCGAGGGACAGGGCUCGCUGCUGCCGAAACAUGGGCUCUCCUAUGCCAGGCUGCCCAGGCCCUCCAGGACCUCUUUCUCUCAAAUGGUGGUGUGGUGGGUGGUUCGAGAGCUGGGCCAGUGGUGACACCUCAUACAUUGGAGUUGACACCACGCGGUAGAGUUUUGCUGCAACUUGCACCGCCGGAAACUGCUCGAGCGUAUCUGCCGCCGGAAUAUCGACCUGGUCGUGUAUAUUCGGACACCGAUUCGGAAAAGAUGUGGAUGUACUCACUGGGAAGGGCAUUAUUGGACACGACCCCGAGAGUCGCAGCGCUGACAGGAACGGUUUCCGUUUCACCCUCGUCGGCACUUCAGUCUGUUUUAGCCGCCAUGACGGAACCCGAUCCACGAAGACGAGCUUCCUUGAUGAAUCUGCUGGACGUGAUCUCCGAGUACUGUCGCACUCGGUUGCAGUCGAAGCCUUUCACUCACAUCGUGAUGGACAUGUACCGCGAGGUGAUCAAGUCGCCGCAGUACGCGGCUCGGAAACGGAUGGCGUAUCAACACCUGAAUCCUCCGCCUCCGCUGCGAAACCCUUCAGACCUGACAGAGCACAAUCGUCGUCAGAGCAAUUAUCCGCAUCACCAUCAUCAGCAAGCCCCGCAACAGCUCGAUCCUCUUCAAUCGAUGCACAAUCCGGCGAAAAAUCUACAUCAACAUCAAGAUCGUCCCUAUCACUCCGCCAAUCAGUAUAAUCACCUUCCACGUUCCACGCAAGUCUCUCAAUACCAGCCCUCGCACCAGCAUCAUCAGCAGCAGCAACACCAGGAACCGCAGCAAGCGCAGAUCCAAAAAAUUCACCACUAUCAUCAUCAUCAUCCGGCGAAAGGCGCUCUCUUCAAGCUUCAAUCGCGCAAUUCUCACUCGCAUCCGAACCUAACGAGCCUCUGCGGCCAGCAACAAUUGCAACAGAAUCGACGUCAAGAGACGGAGGACCGUAGGACGCAUUUUCAGUCGCAGCUGAACGUUCAGACGAGCGGACGUCCGGUUGGACCAGCGAUCCAUCAUCAACGUCGCCAUCAUCACUCGAGAACCUACUCGCAGCCGAUCUACACCAGGCUGCAGCAUACGAGAAGCAGCGGGAACUUACCUUCGACCGUGGUGGGCGAGAACAAUCACGCGGCGAACGUUUACAGCGAUCCUAUUUACGCGCUACCCGUUAAACCGUUCCUCAGCUCGCAAGACGUCAGAGUAAACGGACUGUCCGUGAAACCACCUGUCGGGCAUCGCAACGAGGAUGUGUACACAGGCGCGACGAUAGUCAGGCGGCCAUCGGUGGCUGGUUAUUCUCACCCGGAUAUAGCGACGACAUCGUCGACGGAACGGACACGAGAGGAGGUUUAUGGGAGAUCCGCGGGACGGAUGAAUCCGUCGUUGCAGAGGCAACACUCAAAUCCUCAGCUGCCCAGCAGGGAUCAGCGAGACGAGGAUUUCGAGAGAGUACCGGACCAGAGCGUCCCAACGACCGAUCACAGAUGUCCAACCGGCAGGGAGAAAGAGGAGCAGAUAGUUCAACAACAAAAUCCAGUGUCUUCCAUGAGAGUGAGAAGUGUUCAGGGGCCACCGAAGCCACCGCGAAUAAUCACCACCCUGAAGAAACCUCCGUUUUCCGACGUCGAGAGCAGCAAGUCGGAACCACCAGCGAAACCACCUAGAAAUCUGGUGAAGAAUGGACCGAGGGCUCGACGUGGUAAAGCGGUUCAAAGGGCGCCAUCGCGUUUAUACAGAGCAGUGGGUGGACCCACGAGAUCCUUCAACAAAGCACAGUGCGUUGGCCCUGAAUUCGUGGUCCGUGCUAAUCAACCACCAAAGACGCUAUGUGUUGGCCAAGUGAAGGCUGCUAAUUCUGGACGAAUAGUUGUUAUAAUGCUGACUGGUCAACGAGUAGAAGUUACUUGUGAUCCUCAUAAAGUCACGGCUGGAGAUUUGUUUCAGGCCAUCGUGCAAGCUGAAAGCCUCGACGAAAACUUCACUCUUGGCCUGGCUGUGCUGUUGGCGGGUGAUUUCGCGAUUUUACCCCCUGACACUAAAUUGAAUAAAGUCGCGCCACCGGGAUGGUUAAGCAGUGGCAAGAGCAAAGGUCUCCUGGGUCUUCCCACUAGUUUUAUGCUGUAUCUGAGGCUCAGGUUCUUUCUACCCUCUCUACGUGGUGUAAGGAGUUGGAUAUCGAAACAUCUACUAUAUCUACAAAUACGACGAUGUAUACUGGAGCAACAGCUGGUGUGUCCAUAUCCCGAGUUAAUUAAUCUGACUGGACUCGCUCUUCAGGCCGAAUUUGGGAAUUAUAACGUGAACGAACACGGCUGCGGCGAUUACUUCCUGCUCGAGCACUACGUCCCUGAAUCGUUGAUCCUGAACAUAGAUCAGCAUCAAACUCAGAUGAACAACGGAGGGGCCGAGGCUCUCCGAGCCCGUCUCCAUCAGGCUCAUCGGGAUAGACGUGGUCUGGACUCGAACAAAGCUGAGGAAAUGUUCAUAACUCACGCGCAGACGCUUCCGGAUUACGGUUCCCACUAUUACAUCGCUACUGUCGACUCGAAGGAGCUGGAGAAGGUGAUGGCGCAACAGAGGAAAAGAAAACCGGACAGUAAUUGCGACACGUCCGACGAAUUACUCGAUUCCAGCGAGAAUAUCUACAGCCAGGACGGCAGAGUUCAGGAAUAUCAGAUACGCGGUCGUAUCGAGAUCUCGCGAUUAGGUUCUUGCGAGAACGUACCGAAGAUUCCGUAUCACGAUCGGAAACCGCCCGGUUUGACUAAAAGCGCCACGUCCAACGAUAUUUACGGAGCGCAUAAAUCCAAGUAUCAAACAUGCAACAAUAACAAUAUCAACAACGUGAACAACAAUAACAAUUUGAAUCACGGUGGAAAGGGGAAAGCUAGCAAGAAGAAAACGGAGAGCAACGUCUGGCUGGCUAUUCACGCGCAGGGUUUGAAGCUGUUUGAAAGAGGAGGAGAGCCGAGGGAGAGGAUCGAGUUGGCGCAGUUUCAGUGGAAGGACAUUCAGACGUUGAGCUAUAGUAAAAGCUGCUUGGUGGUGUACAGCAAGGUGAAUGGGAAGAGAUGCAAGUUCAAGCUCAGAAUGGACCACCGAAAAAGUUACUUCGCUUUCAAACUCACCUCUUUGCACCAUCAGUUCUUCUUAAGGCUGCGCGCUGAGCUUACCUCGCUUCAGGGACUCGCGAAAGAAUUCGGCGUUCCUAUGACAGUAGAGGCGAAGGCCUCGCCGUCCAAGUCCAAGUCCCACGAUAGUAAAACGAAAAUAGCCAUAGCGAACACCGUGAAGAACGCGCAGCUCAGGCCGAAUUACACGAUGCAGCUGGAGGAAUACCAGAACAAAGAGAACGAGAAUCCGCAGAAAGAUGUGAACGCGGUACCGAAGCCGAAGGAUCCGCUUCUUCGCGAGCCUGGUUUCUAUUCUUCGGAGGAGGACGCGCUUUACGCGCAAGUGAACGUUCGUCUGGAACCGGAAGGCGAGUCUCGCGACACGGAGAACGAAUCGGACAGAAGUUUAACGGGUCCGAAUGAGCCGCUCUCGUUGGACGUGAAAGGAAUGAAAAACGACGGAAAGCUGUACAACUGUCCGCGGAUAGAAUUAGACACGGAAAUCGAGUGUGGCUAUUCGCUUCCUAAGAUUAUGUCAUCGAACGACGUGGAUCAACUGGAGAAAUCGGAUAAUCCCGAGGAGCUGUACGCCGCGAUCAAUAAGGUUGGAAUCUCGAGGAAGAACGAGUUUCCUGUUCCGGAUGAGGUAUGGGACGUGUCGGACGUCAAGAAGUCGCUACAUAAGAUGAAGACCUCGAGUUUACCGAAUUACGGAACACCCAGGCAAACCGGCGGUUAUCGUACACCGAGUUUACCACGUCGUCUAGGGGUGAAAAUGGGAACGCGUGCGAUCUACAGCAGCCUCGUGCAGAAAGAUACCGCUCUUACCGACGACAUGGAGUCGCUAUCGCUAAAAUCAGACACGGAAUCGUCGAUUCAGUCGUUAUCCGCUCGAUCCACGGAAUCUCCUCUACCGGAAGCAUACGUGCUCAACGCAGAUAUCCGUACGAACGAUGAGACAUUUCGUGUUACUGAGGACGAAUCGAUGUCAGCUUCUUUAGCGGCACGACUCGAAGAACUGUCAUUCGCCGAGGAGCGAAUUCUGCAGACGAUUAAGUUGGAACGAGGCCACGGUGGCAGCAUAGGGCUGCAAGUGACAGAGGGUAACGACGGUGGCGUUUACGUACAAGCGGUGUCGGUUGGCGGAUCGGCCGAUAUGGCGGGAAACGUGAACAAAGGAGAUCGUAUCGUCGCGAUAAAUGGGCAGAAUUUAUUGCAUCUACGGUAUGAGGACGCUCUGAAGAUGCUGCAGAGCUCGUCCGACACGAUCGAGCUGGUCCUCUCUCAGGCUGCCUCUCGUAAAAACGCAACCUCCAGGCAGAAUCACGAACAACCAGCGAGAAAUAAUUAUUUGAAUGACAUCAGAUUCGACGUGUCCUCGGAAGCGGAUACGUCGAGCAUGACAAACAAAUGGCUCGUUCAAAGGACCACCGACGUUGCGUCCGUGCAAAACACCUCGAGCGCGUAUAGCAGUGCCGCAUCGAGCGCAAUGGGUAAUCACAAUGCAAACAGCCUGUACAUGGCCGAUCUCGUCGAUAAUGGUGCACUUAAGUCCGCCAGUAUGUUGCUCAGUAUAGAGGACUUCGACGUCAGCAGGACGAGUCGCCAAGUUUUUAUUUAGUCGUCGAUAAACAAGCGCAGAAUCUGCCAGCAGCACACCGCCAGUCCCACCGAGACGGAAGAAGCGCAAAGCGAAGUCUGU